AAGCGAUAAUGUCUGAACUGUUAAAGUAAUGCUCCUGCCUUUUUUGGAUAUAACCUUUUUCAUAUGAACUUCCCGUUUCCCUAAUUUCCCCUUCCAUUUUCCUCUUCAUCAUUUCACUAGAAUCGCCUACAGAUCUAUUUGAUUUCAGUCCAAGAAAUGGGUGAUAAGUACAAUAUGAAGAAUCCGUCAGUGAAGAGGAUUUUACAGGAGGUGAAAGAAAUGCAAUCGAAUCCAUCUGAUGAUUUCACGAGCCUUCCUCUUGAGGAAAACAUAUUUGAAUGGCAGUUUGCAAUAAGGGGACCAAAUGACACCGAAUUUGAAGGAGGAAUUUAUCACGGCAGAAUUCAAUUGCCUUCUGAAUACCCAUUCAAACCACCAUCGUUUAUGUUGUUGACGCCAAAUGGACGUUUUGAAACUCAAACCAAGAUUUGCUUAAGCAUAUCAAAUCAUCACCCUGAGCAUUGGCAACCAUCAUGGAGUGUUAGGACUGCUUUAACAGCGCUUAUAGCAUUUAUGCCUACAAGCCCAAAUGGAGCUUUAGGAUCAUUGGAUUACAAGAAAGAAGAAAGGCGUCUUCUCGCACUUAAAUCUCGUGAAAGUGCUCCUAAAUAUGGUACUCCAGAUCGUCAAAGGCUCAUUGAUGAGAUUCAUGAAUACAUGAUCAGCAAAGCACCACCGGUCCCUCAGCAGACCUCUGAAGAUGCUAUUGCUUCAGAACAACCACCACCUGCCGCCACAGAAUCCGCCGCUGAAGCUCCGGCGACUCCUCAAAACACCACCACGGAGAUCACCACCGAUGAUGAAAAUGAAGAAAACCAUGAGGCUAACAUGGAAGCGGAAGACCCUAGGGUAUCAAAACAUGCUGUACCUUCUGCAUUAUCUGUUGUACACACGGUGGAACCACGGCGGCAGGAGGUGGUGAUGGUUCAGAAAAGCUCCGAUGACCGCCUGUUCACGUGGGCGGCGGUUGGGCUGGCCGUUGCUAUUUUGGUGCUUCUUUUGAAGAAGUAUAUGAAAGCUAGCGGAUAUGGUGCGGUUUUUGUUGAUGAAUCAUGAAAUAUUAAUAAUUAAAUCUCUGAUUCAUGAUUAUUACUCGGUGUGAUGCCAUUUAUGAUAUGGUAUAAUGACAGGAGAUUUAAUAAUAAUAUGUAUAUGAGAAAAUGAUUUAGUACAUAUAAAAAGAGUUUUAUAGUGAGAA